UACGCGGAAAGAAGCACGAGAGGGCGUACACGAUUGAAUUCGCGUUCAUCAGAUAAGUUCUCCUUUCGAUGUGUAUGUUCGCGCGAGUGCGAUAGAUAAGCAAACUAUUGCACAACAUUGCGUUUACCGCACGACUGGUGGACAUCAAAAUAUUUGGAACGUUUUCGAGUACUAGGAAGGAAAAAAAAAAUAGUGGACCGAGUCUGUGACAAGUCGACGGCCGAAGAAAUAAGAAAUAUAUUCCAAAGGAGUUCAGUGAAGUGUUACGAAGAAGUUACAAAUCGGGGAGGAUAGAAUCGGCUAUGAUCGACGUGGAAAAACUUACCGAUAUGAGCUGUCAAGGACUACAAUCUUUUUCGUUGAGCACGAUGGCGGAAAGCGCAAAGCCAACGUGGAACAUGGAGUCUCGAAAUUGCAAGUGUUCACGGCGAAGCAACAUAACCUGCGGCAUGCUCCCGACUCUACGUGUCCUGGCAUCUCGAGAAUGCAACGAUCAAGGCAGUAUCUGUAUGGUACCGCUCGACGUCAAGAUGGAUGCUGCUAGUCAUCUCCAAAUGAUUUUACUCGAGGCUUACUGCCGUGAAAUUGGAAUAAGAGUAUCGAGAGUACCGCUACAUACGCUGCAAAACUUACUGGGUCCAGGACAUUCGGAUCUCUCUUGCGUUCUCAUUGACGAACCUUAUUCCACGGAUCCACCUGAAUGAGGCGAAAGGGUCCAGUCUCUCUUCAGAUACGAUAUUGAAAAUUGAACAUUGAAAAUACGUCAAAAGACGGGUGAAUACACACUUACGUGCGCUUGAAUCGGCGCGGGAGAAAUAACCAUCGAGCUACGACGAUGUUUUUUUUUUUUUUCUUUUUUCUUUUUGGCGAUUGAUUCUCGUGCCUUCGGAUUGGUCGAUUCUUCUACGCAGAAAACGCAUGACCUACAUCUUUACAGCGAAUCGCUUUCACGUUUACGUCAUCUUCUUACGUGACUUCGCUCUAUAAUGUAACGAACGUCUAUGGAUUAUCGAUAUGAUUAUAUUUUUUCUAUUAUAUGGUACAAUUCAUAUUGAUUUGUACAAUCGAUUGUUAUAAAAGGAAAUAAAAAUAUGAUAAAGUUAUGAUUAGA